UGCUGUCAAUACAAUUUGCCUCAUCGGGUUUACCACGGUCUUCUAGAUCAACCUCAGCAAGUAAAUUAUCACGUUUAACUGUGCUACUUUCUCUCAUUGUGCGCUUUAUGGAUUACAUUAACAUUGGGACUGGUGUUACAACUUUGAGAACAGAAACUCUCGUAGAGGUACUGGCUGCAGUCAUUACGGCAGGUGCUUCUAGAGAGCAUGAAAUCCUAGCUGAAAUAAGAGAUGCUGUUUUUUCUUUCAUUCGUAAAAUGGAGCCUUGAAGAGUGUUGGAUACGAUGCUUGUCUCUCGUGUUAGGAUUUUCUAUAUAAUGUCCCUGCUUGCUCGAUAACUGGAGCUACAAUCAAUUAAGGUUUCUCGAGUUGAGCGCUGGAAGAUCUCUAGUUCGUUACGAUUCUAGUUCAAGGAAUAUGCUGGUUGGGGACCGAAUUCAAGGGUUCAAAGUAAAUAUAAAACCAGAGAAGAAGUCAAAGUUGUCAUCAGUAGUUCUAGUUCUGAAGAUACGUGGAAUUGAUCAGCAAAGCAACAAAUCCACACACAGUGGAUGGGCCAUUCCAACCUUGUCAUUUCAGAAGCAAAGCAACAAUCAAUGAUUUCCUUUCCAUUGCUGAUGACACGGCUGCAGGAGCAACUGGUCAGCUGGAACUUCUCUCUACAGCAAUAAUGGAUGGUUGGAUGGCUGGACUUGGUGCUGCCCAGCCUCCGACUACCGAUGCUCUUGGACAGCUGUUAUCUGAUUAUUCCAGAUGUCUUUAUACUUCACAGCUGCAACAUUUGAAGGAUAUUGCUGGUACUUUGGCGACUGAAGCAGCGGAAGACCCUGCUCAAGUAGCUAAGCUACGUUCAGCUCUUGAAUCUGUUGAUCACAAGAGAAGAAAGAUUUUACAACAAAUGAAAAACGACGCAGAGAUGUUAAAUUUAGAAAGUGGCGCUGCACCUAUUCGGAGUCCUUCCACUUCUGCUGAAGAUGCAAGGCUAGUGUCGUUAAUCUCCCUCGACAGCAUACUGAAGCAAGUCAAGGCCGUCAUGAACUUAAAGUUAUCGGGCUCAGACAAUAUUUCCUCAUACAUGGCAUCUAUCUCCCGCCUAAAAUCUAAAGCUUUAUCUAUUCUUUUGCAACUCUGUGAAACUGAAAGUGUAUCAUACCUGGAUGAGGUGGCCAGCAACACAACAACUCAAAAUAUGGCAAAGUCUGUUGGACUCGAGGUUCUUGCAUUGCUGGUAAAAGCUUGGAAUAGAUUCAAGACAGGUACUGGCUGCAGUCAUUACGGCAGGUGCUUCUAGAGAGCAUGAAAUCCUAGCUGAAAUAAGAGAUGCUGUUUUUUCUUUCAUUCGUAAAAUGGAGCCCUGAAGAGUGUUGGAUAGGAUGCUUGUCUCUCGUGUUAGGAUUUUCUAUAUAAUGUCCCUGCUUGCUCGAUAACCGGAGCUACAAUCAAUUAAGGUUUCUCGAGUUGAGCGCUGGAAGAUCUCUAGCUUGUGUAAUUCUAGUUCAAGGAAUAUGCUGGUUGGGGACCGAAUUCAAGGGUUCAAAGUAAAUAUAAAACCAGAGAAGAAGUCGAAGUUAUCAUCAGUAGUUCUAGUUCUGAAGAUACGUGGAAUUGAUCAGCUGCAGGAGCAACUGGUCAGCUGGAACUUCUCUCUACAGCAAUAAUGGAUGGUUGGAUGGCUGGACUUGGUGCUGCCCAGCCUCCGACUACUGAUGCUCUUGGACAGCUGUUAUCUGAAUAUUCCAGAUAUCUUUAUACUUCACAGCUGCAACAUUUGAAGGAUAUUGCUGGUACUUUGGCGACUGAAGCAGCGGAAGACUCUGCUCAAGUAGCUAAGCUACGUUCAGCUCUUGAAUCUGUUGAUCACAAGAGAAGAAAGAUUUUACAACAAAUGAAAAACGACGCAGAGAUGUUAAAUUUAGAAAGUGGCGCUGCACCUAUUCGGAGUCCUUCCACUUCUGCUGAAGAUGCAAGGCUAGUGUCGUUAAUCUCCCUCGACAGCAUACUGAAGCAAGUCAAGGUUUUUCAUCU